GAUUCCGCCCUCCCUUAUUUUCUUUGUUGUUUUCCUCACACUUUCGCACGACAUCAACCUCGCACUACUAUAUUUAACUGCUCGAUAGAAUUCUUGUUAUUAUCUUUUUAUUUGCUGUUCUUGAAGGGAGUUCCUUGUGACGCUUUCAGCCGCCAUGCAGACCCUUUACGACGUCCUCGGUGUCCCCAUCAGCGCCUCCCCCGCUGAGGUGCAGAACGCGUACCGCAAGCUGCUCCUCCGCGUCCACCCAGACCGCUGCUACCACGACAACGACAGCGCCAUCUACAACACCUCCGCCGAUGUGGAUGAAGCCCGUCUGCGGGUGCUGGAGAAGGCGCAUGCGAUUCUGUCCGAUCCAGAGAAGCGCCGGCGCUAUGACGACUACCUCGCAGGCAAGCUUCCCAACCGCGCUCUUACGCAGCAGAUGGCUCUCCUGCAGCAGUGGGACGCACUCCCCACGGACGAUGUGCUGAGCUCCAUGAUGGAGUUGCUGUCGACUGCGCUUGCACCGUGGAGCUCCCCGGCAGCGGACCCGUCAUCGAACCUUUCGCCAGAGCAGGCAACCUCUCCGCCGCAGCAGCAGCAGCAAACGGCACCCGCCGCGCCGGCGAAGGACGCCGCGACGAGUGCGGCGGCGAACGUACCGAUGGUGUACACGGCGGCCGUCCACAUGCAGCGCCAGCCAGAUGGAACGAUGUCCGUGCGGUCGUAUGAAUCCGGUCCACGACCCAUCAACGACGCAUCUCCAGCGGCGGCAACCUCGAAGAAGGCGGGGGAGUUGCCGCGACGUGUGAAGGUGAUCGAAGAGCAGCUUGCGCACGGCGGCACGGCGGUGACAGGCGAGGGGGCGAAGGAUGAGUUCGCGGAGACGGUCAACGCGCUGACGAACACGGUGGUCUCGCUGGUCGCCGCAGCCGCCGACGCGUGUGUGACGUCGGAACGAGGCGGAGAAGGGGAAAGGGCGGAGAGGAAGGCAGAUGAGGACGAACAAAACAAAGAAGAGUAA